CUUGCGAUCAUGCAAUCCACUUAUGGGAAGCGUUCCGGGUGCAUCACCAUGACUGCUGGUCACUUGUGUGGUCGAGGCACAUUCGUGUAUCGGACCAAUUUUAUGGGGUGCGCGACGGCAGUCUGCGUGGCGACGCUGUAGAUCGAUACGAACUGGGAACGAAGCUCUACUUGCUACGUCGCGCGUCGUUGUCCGACGAAACGAGAGCCACUUCGUCGACUUGACUCCGCCUCGAAAAAAUAACAAAGGGAUGGUAGCAUAGCGCCACGUAUGCUUUUGUCGAGACUAGACGCGCCCCUGUAUAAGCAACAGGGUCGUUUCGUUAAAAUAGCUACAGAAAAUGUUUCCAUUAUACCUGGGCGUGAUCCAUUCUUUUCAACACAGAAACGUUGUUUCCAUUUUCUAAUUUGUCACGAAUUUCGUAGUGACGAAACAUUGGCAAGUCCUCUAUUUCCCAAGUUAAAGGAAAUAGACAAAAGUUCUUAUACGGAAUUUGCACGGUUCAAGGAGGCACAUCUUUUGACCAUUUGGGUACCGGUUGUGACCAUCGGAAAAUACCCGAUUGGAAACAAACGUCCUUAUCCUACAUACGACGUCGGUUUGCUGGGAUCCAAGUCAGAACGCACCCAGGUCAAAAUGUAGACCCGACACAUCACAGAACCUCCUUGAUCAUCGAGACGUCGACAUCGGAACAGUUUUUUCGUUUCACGUAUUUAACUUCGACAAAUUCUGUUACAUUUCAGUUUCAAGCGAUAUUAAACUCCAAGUUUUUUCAAUCAAAUGUAUUAUAUUUAUUGCUUCAACCAACAUCAAGCAUUCCGACAUUUCUAUUUUUUUUUGGAUUACGUAGAACCGAACUAACAUUUCGUUUUAAUAAUCCGAUUAUUUGACGAUCAUGAAUUUUCAAAAAUCGUUCCAUCAA